UUGAUUAGUCAUCGGUCGCACCCAUUACAGCAUUGACCAUAUUCAUUUGAUACUAUCUGUCAGCUGCUGAAAAAUUCAAGAUGGCUACGAUUUUUUUUCCAUUGAUUUCUGUCAUUUGAGUGCCAGUGUGUCGAACAUUUUUCUUAAAGAUUUGAAGAGAAAACAAAAACCGAAUCAACAAGAUGCCUGAACCAACCACAGCCGAAUUGGAGAAGCAAUUACCAUUCUGCGCUCCGUUCGAUCCACGAUUCCCAAACACCAACCAAACCAAAUACUGCACCCAGUCAUUCAUCGAUUUCUAUAGAUGCCAGAAAUUGCGCGGUGAAAACUACGAACCAUGCUACUACUUUCAAAAAGUGUUCCAGAAUAUCUGCCCAAAUGCCUGGGUCGAAAAGUGGCAAGAUCAAAUGGCCAACGGUACUUUCCCAGUCCAGAUCUAACAUGUAUAUCGUACUAAGCACACAAACAAUUUGAUAAUGGAACAACAUCAUUCUUCGAAACACCGUGUACAGCGAUGAAAACAUGAUGGUUUUGUUGUAUUUAGAAGAAAUGCUAUUAAAGGUAGACAAAACAACCAAAUGA